AUGUCGAACAUUCCCAGCUUUAUCGAUCGACUAUUAUCAGUCAAUGACACCGCCAAUCCGUCGCUCACUCACUGCAUCAAUGAAGCCGAAAUCGAUGACGUCAUCCAAAUGUGCACAUCGAUCGUUUUGGAGCAAGCGACGAUGAUCGAAAUUCAAGCGCCGGUCGCGGUGUGCGGCGACAUUCAUGGCCAGUACAUCGAUCUUCUUCGAAUUUUCAAUCGGUGCACGUUUCCGCCGGAUCAGAACUAUUUGUUCCUUGGCGAUUAUGUGGAUAGAGGUCGCCAACAAAUCGAAGUGAUUUGCCUACUCAUGGGCUACAAAAUUCGCUAUCGCAACACGUUUUUCAUUCUUCGCGGAAAUCAUGAGUGCGCUUCAAUUAAUCGGACUUAUGGAUUUUAUGAGGAAUGCAAACGACGAUACUCGGUUGGAUUGUACAAUUCAUUUCAGGAUCUCUUCAAUUCGCUGCCGUUGUGCGGAAUGAUUGGCGGUCGAAUCUUCUGCAUGCACGGCGGACUGUCGCCGCAACUCGAUUCAUGGUCCCAACUGAACGCAAUCAAACGGCCAUUCGAUCCGCCGAACAAAUCAAUCGCCAUGGAUCUGUUGUGGUCGGAUCCCGAGGUUGGAUUGAGCGGAUGGGGGAAGAACACCCGCGGCGUUUCGUACGUGUUCGGCUCCGACGUCGUCAAAGAUUUUUGCGAUCGCAUGAACGUUGAUUUGAUAGCGAGGGGCCAUCAGGUGGUCCAAGACGGCUACGAGUUUUUCGCUUCGCGACGCCUCGUCACCGUGUUCUCAGCGCCGCGCUACUGCAACGAGUUUGACAACAACGGCGCGGUGAUGAUUGUCGACGAGAAUUUGACGAUCUCGUUUGAAAUCCUCAAAGCUCCCACGAAAGAAGUGCACGUUCGCGCCCGAUUGGCCGAUCGAAAUGCGGCCGAGCGGAGUCGACUAUUGAGCUACAAAAGCUUGAAAAAUGCCAAAGAAUAA